CCACACAUUUAUUUACUUAAUUCAAGUGAGCUAACUUUAAAUUGUAAAAAAAAAGAAGUUUGUUUUGACACGUGAUACAGUUGGUGACGUCAUAUCGAACGCGUUGGAUUUGCAACGAGAGAAACUGCGCGCGACUUGUGUGAGGGUGGCGGAGUUGAGCUGUCAGUCAAACCGAAAGCAAAAAAGCCUAUAUAAACACUCACACACUCACACCAACAUCACACUAACAAUCUGAGACUCAUCCUCUGGACAUUUACUUUCACUAAAUACAGAAAACAGCUUUUUCAUCCUCACUUUUCAAAAUGGGCGUCUUCUUCUCUCACAUUUUCUCUCGUCUCUUUGAGAAAAAAGAGAUGAGGUUACUUAUGGUUGGUCUGGAUGCAGCAGGGAAAACAACAAUCCUUUACAAACUCAAACUUGGUGAAGUUGUCUCGUCUAUUCCGACUAUUGGUUUUAAUGUUGAGACAGUUGAAUAUAAAAACAUCUCCUUCACGGUUUGGGAUGUUGGUGGUCAGAGCGUCAUCAGAGGCCUCUGGAGACAUUACUAUCAAAACACUAAGGGUCUGAUCUUUGUGGUGGACAGCAGUGAUCAUGACAGGAUUGAAAUGGCAGCAGAAGAACUAAAUAUGAUGAUGGCGGAGGAUGAGAUGAGAGACGUUGUUCUGUUAGUUCUCGCUAACAAGCAGGAUUUACCCAAAGCCAUGGCAGUCCACGAGCUGACAGAGAGACUGGGUUUACACGCACUGAGAGGAAGACAGUGGUUCGUUCAGCCCACAUGUGCGGUUCAAGGAUCAGGGUUAUAUGAAGGACUGGACUGGCUCUCGGAUCAACUGUCCAAACAACAAUGAAGCAAAAUCCACAUGAAACGGAAGACGUUUUUCUUCCCUAUUGUGACGCAUAUCCGAGUGAAACGGCUUCUGGAACAAGAACAAAAAGGGCACGGCUUGAUUACUGGCGCCAGUAAACUCGUCAUCAGAGAAGAGAAGAGAUGUCGCUGCAAGAGGGAGGGAUGUUAUUCUGACUAAAGGAUAACUUAAGAUAAAUCAUUUAUAAUAAAUUGUGCAAUAUUUGAUAAACAACAAGAAUUGUCCAUUUUGAUUUCAUGGUCGCUUUAAUACUUUAUUUUGGGUUUUUUGUUGAAUGAUACUUGAAAAAUACACUAUUGUACUGGAAUGAAUACUUUAUUAUAACAGCCUCAAACUGUUUAUUAUCUCAAAAGCAUUUUGAUUUAUUAAUGUUAAAUUAAAACUGUAUAUUUUAAAUUGUUAGUCUUACUUUUGAAAAAAAAAAAAAUUAUUGUUGUUCUAUGGACUUUGAAAGAAGGUUUGUCAUGUUUUAGUAUGUGUUCUGUUGUAUUUGCAAUUUGAAUGAACGAGCUGAUGUCUGCCUGUAAUAUUUAUCUGUGCCUUUCAAAUAUCUCCAAUAAAUGAUGUAUUUAUUUAUAUACAAACAUUAA